CCUGCUACAUCUACUGCUGAUCGUGAGCAGUGGCAGACAGAUUCAAAAUCAUGGGUAUCAGAGCUAGAGCUUUACCCGGGGCUAUAUUGAAACGGAGACAAGCUGCAAUCGCGUUUAGAACGAGAUUCCAGUUCGACCCUAGCCAUGGCGGUAUACGGUCCACCAGUAGUCUGUCAUCGUCAACAUGCAGAAGAAUGAGGGGCGAAUAUUAUGUCGAGGCUUCUUCGAUGAUCCUCGUCUCCGCUCCCUGUGCCGGCUCCAGUCGAUCAUACCACGCUACCGUCCCCUCCCUCGCCUUCUCAGACAUUUUUCGCGUUGGAUCUGGUCAAAGUAAGCAACGUGUCUUAUCACUCGCGACGGCCAGACAAGAGUUUCUCGACGCUGGACGUCAUCAUCAUCUACCAACCAUGAAACGAGCUUACGACAUGGUCGUCCACGCUAUGAACCUCGAUCCAGCUCUACCAGCCGAGAAGAGACAGUAUUUUUCUUCGGACGAUCUCCUUGAAGGAAUGUACGCUUUGGCUACAUUCAAAGAGCAUUCAGCCGAAGCUUUGGAGCUGUUGUUGAGGAUAUACCACGAUCUGGAACCAUUCUUCACGGUCAAACUAUCCACCGAUCAUCACUCCGCCCUAGCUUCGGGUUACUGUUCAGCAGGACGCAUGGACGAUGCGCUUGAUCUUCUGGACGGGAUGGAUCCCGCUGAUGUCGAUUGGAGUCAAUUAUUGAGACUGGCAGUGGAAGGAAAGAUGGGGCAUGUGGAGGAAAUCGUGGCUCGAAUCCGAUCGACCAAGGAACUGGACGCUGAGGAUUAUGAGCUCCUCUUAUUGGACUUUCGACAGCGAUUGGAAAGGGACGGACCUGCAGCUGGGCUGAGUGAGGAGUUUGACGCGCUCCAUCAGGACCUGGACCGUGCUGGCAUAAUCCUCGAGCCCCUUGCAGAAGCUCACCUCGCUGCUGUCCUCAUUCGGCUGGGUCGUCUGGAUCAGGCUCGACAGAUCACUUCGAGGUGGGACGGGGAAUCCCCCGAAGGGCUCCGCAAAGCUCAAUGGGAGACGUUGUGUGAGAUGGCGAGUGCCUCUGGAAAUGCGACCCACUUGCUGGAAAUAGCAGAAAGAAUGAUCGAUACCGGAUUGCAGCCAUCCUCAAAUACGCUGUUGGACAUUAUACGAAACCGGCUCGAUCCGAGGCAACACUCUGGGUCACAAAUAGUCGAUGCAGCGACCGUCACUCAGUCCAUCGCUUCCGUUGAGGCGGAUCUCGGGCUGGUCUGCCCUGUGGACGUCUGGCGCCAGGUGAUGGCGUCUGCGAUCUUCGGUGAUUCCGGUGAUAGCAGUCGAAAUAUGCCUCUUGAAGCACCGCUUGCCUCGUCCGAAAAGACCGCUGAGCCUGAAGUUCUGGAUCAACGAGCCCAGGCCAUGCAGGCGUAUCGUAUCGCCCGCGGAAAUGGGAUCAUCAUAGACACAAAGCUAGCGUCUAUGCUCAUCAAUCAGCUCUGCGCAUCUCAACCUCCAUCUAUCAAAGACGCACUCGAAGUGUAUAACAAUUGGUUGGCCAGUCCUGAACCUGCCUUUAAGGACGAGGACGAGGUCAAAAACAUUCUGGGCAUCUUUCAAACCAUGUUGUUUGCGCAGUUGUCGCCAAAAACGUGUGAUCUCGAUACCCUUAGGGAGAUCCUCAGAGAGGCAGUUGAGCAAGAAAUCCGAUUCUCGAGCCCCGUCGUCAACGCCCUUCUCCCUCUUCUCAUCUCACGCUCGCCAUCCCAUCGCAUUGCAUUCGGAUUUUACAACGAUUUGCUCAAGUGCUCUGGACUAUCAUUCACCGCGUCAACAUUCAAGCGCGUAUUGGAUGAAAUGCGCAAUCUCCAUCCGGCGGAUGACAAUAACCCAGUGCCGUGUCCUCCUUCGGCGCAACUCAUUCAAAUCAUGACUGAUAUGCAGCUUGCUGGACUUUCGCCACCCCAAUCGCUUUACCGAGAUUUGAUCUACCGGUACGGUCAACUAGCAACGACGAGUCGGAAACUGUUUCAAGGUGGGGCUUCAAGUAAUACAAUGCUCGAGAACCGACUGCGUAACAUUACUUCUCACAUUGGGGCGCUUUACACUCGAUAUAAGCUGGAUCCUGUUAUCGAGAUCAACACCGAGAUGCUGAACACCAUCAUGGAUGCGUAUAAUCGGGUCGGUGCUCAUGAUGCCGGCUUUGCAGUGUGGACAGAACUGGCCGAGAGACGUGUACGUCUACCGGCUGAAGAAGCACGUCGGAUCUAUCCCGCUUCAUUGGCCAUCGUCCUCGAUCUUUUAGGGCAUUCAGGUGGGAGAGAAACGUCUGAAUCCGUAUGGGUGUGGGCCAAACAUCAUGGAUUUACAUCAGACCCGAGGAUAUGGAAUGGCCGAGUGGAGAACCUAUGUCGAGCUCAUCAGUUCGAGGAAGCUCAAACAAUGGUAUUUGAAGAAAUGAGACAGAAUCUCGAUGGUGCCCCAAGUCCAAACUUUGCUACGCUCGAAAUUUUAGUCAAAUUCACGUCUACGUGGGACGCGUACAGGGACAGUACGAUGGUGAUGAUGAAGAAGGUGUUUCCCGAAUGGUGGGAUAGGAUCUUGCCGAUAUAUCAAGCCAGAGUUGGAGCUUCCACCGCUGAAACCAUGCAGUCGAACUUCAGAAGGACAGCAUAGAGCAAGACGGGAGUGUGCUUAGUUGUAUAACCACUACCAUUGGACUGUAUCAACUAGUCAUAUCAUCAUGCAUUGCAUAGUCAUC